UUUUGAAACAUUAUUGACGACAAAAAUCAACGGUUUAGUUGUUGGGUUUUGACGAGAUUCACGUCUGCUAAGAUCCCCUUAUGGCUUUACCCAAUAUCCAACUCGAUUUCUCACUUUCUCGUUAACAAUCAGAUUUUUCCCCCUUUUUUUUUAUGUUUCUCGAAACUGGGUAGGAUUUUCUGCUCAAAUAAAAUCCAGAUAUUUAUCUGAAGAAAAAUAGAAAAAAAAUAGAAAAAAAAUAUAUAUACUAUUCCAAAUUAUGGAGAGGUGCGAUGAUUCAUUACCGGGAGGAGAUGAAAAUUCUCGCCCAAUUGCUGAUAAUGAUUCCCAAAGCUCAAUCUUGAGCUCAAAUCUCUUCUUGGAUGGCGUUGGAGAGGUUGUUGUCACCCUUAAUUCCGACGGGUUGUCUUGUAGAUCAGCUGAAUCUGUUUCUAACGAGGAUGAUCCAUCCCUUUGUUUAGGCUUAAAAAUUUUCCGCAAAUGCGAAAUUUCUGUGAAAUUAUGUGAUGUCUAUGCCAUUGACUCUCUUGGUUGGGGUUUGGUUCGUGAAUCUUCGCUUCCAAAUGCUAGUGGACUAUUCUCUGGCUACUCAUUUGAGAUGUAUAGGUUUGCUGUACACUAUAUUCAAAAGUCAAGAAACCACCCUACUGUUUGGAUCCCAUCGCAGUAUUGUUUUGGCCAUAAGGACCUGCGGACGUGCCAGAUGUGGGUUAAUCAGAUCAGAGCUGUUCUAUGCUUGCAGGGAGGGCGACCUAAAAAUCUUCUGGUUUUUGUUAAUCCAAGGAGUGGGAAAGGAAAUGGAUGUAGAACUUGGGAAGCUGUGGCUCCUAUAUUUUCACAAGCCAAUGUAAUGACGAAGGUCACUGUAACGGAGAGGGCAGGGCAAGCUUUUGAUGUAAUGGCCUCAAUCUCAAACAGGGAGCUUAAUUCAUAUGAUGGUGUGGUAACUGUUGGUGGUGAUGGUUUUUUUAACGAAGUACUAAAUGGCCUUCUAUUGUCAAGACAUAAAGCUUCAUACCCACCACGCCCAACAGAAUCUAUUCAUCCUGUUGAGAAUGGUAGCAAUGGGAUGGCUCAUGAUGCAAAUGGAAACACAGAAGAGCCUUCUGAUAAUAAUGAAGAUCUCUCACCUCUUCUCACUCGUUCAGAACUUGAUGGGAGGCAAGGAGAGACUGGUGAUCCUUGCAACACAGAUCGGGAUUCUUUUUUAUUUCCAAAUGAACGCUUCCGGUUCGGGAUUAUUCCAUCAGGAUCCACUGACGCCAUUGUAAUCUGUACUACUGGUGCUCGGGAUCCUAUAACAUCUGCGUUACAGAUUGUCCUUGGUAAAAGCGUGUGCCUUGAUAUUGCUCAAGUUAUAAGAUGGAAAAAAACGUCCACCUCAAAGGAUGAACCCUGCGUACGCUAUGCAGCCUCUUUUGCUGGGUAUGGAUUUUACGGAGAUGUAAUCACAGAAAGUGAAAAAUAUCGUUGGAUGGGACCUGUACGAUAUGAUUUUGCAGGAACUAAAGUGUUCCUUCGACAUAGCUCGUAUGAGGCAGAAGUUGCAUAUUUGGAAGUUGAUUCAAAGAAAGCAAACUUGGGUGAACAGGGAGGGCUACAAGUGUGUAGGAAAAAGUCACUUUGUAGCCUACGUAAGAAGCCCGAAAGAAUAGUGUGUCGUGUGAACUGCAAUGUUUGUAACUUAAAAGCAGGCGAAACAUCACCAAGACAUGAGAUAUCUGAAACAUACUCAAUGGGACCAAACUCGAAGGAAUCGAGAUGGUUGAAGUCCAAAGGGCGGUUUCUAAGUAUUGGUGGUGCAAUAAUAUCUUGUCGAAACGAAAGAGCUCCUGAUGGCCUGGUGGCCGAUGCACAUCUUUCAGAUGGUUUCUUACAUCUUAUAUUGAUCAAAGACUGCCCUCAUGCAUGUUAUUUAUGGCAUCUUACCCAGCUUGCAAAGAAGGGCGGGAAUCCCUUGGAUUUUCAGUUCGUUGAGCACCACAAGACGACAGCUUUCACGUUCACUUCUUUUGGGAAGGAGAGCGUAUGGAACAUAGAUGGCGAGCCCUUCCAAGCGCAUCAACUCUCGGCGCAAGUUUUCCGCGGCCUCAUCACCAUGUUUGCCACUGGCCCUGAAGUGUAGCCUCAGAAGGUGCAUAUAUGUUUUCUUCUUCUUUUGCAGCAAAUAUUAUCCUGUUCUUGAAAUGGAUCCUCAGAUUUGUAUAGCAAUUACUAAAAUCCUCUCUCCUUGCUGCCACCUCCUCCCCCCAUGUAAUGUAUACCAUUUUGAUAAAUUGUUGGUCAGAUUAGAAUUUUGCAAUCAAUAUGAUCUUUGCUUUAGCUUUUUCUA